ACUAAUUCUUUUGAUUUGAAUUCCCGCUUAUAGAUCAGAAAUGUGGAGACUAACCAGUGUGUGGACAACAUGGGAAGAAAGGAGAACGAGAAAGUUGGCUUUUUCAACUGUCACGGCAUGGGUGGAAACCAGGUUUUCUCAUACACGGCGGAUAAAGAAAUUAGGACAGAUGACCUCUGUCUGGAUGUCUCCCGCCUCAACGGACCUGUCGUCAUGCUCAAGUGUCACCACAUGAAGGGCAAUCAGAUGUUUGAGUACGAUGCUGAGAAGCACACCUUUCUCCACAUCAUCACCCAAUCAUGUCUGACCAUCAGCCGUCUGGAGGAUGGCACCUACGGCCCCACAGUGGAGUACUGUAACAACAGUCCCUUACAGGCCUGGAUCCUCCAAAACUACACGCGUCAGGAGGUCGCUAGACGCCUCUACUAUAGUCCCACUGAUUAUUUUCUCUAAAGUCUCAUCUGCUCUGGUGGGCUGUAGGGCCUGAGGUGAGCAGCGACUCACCCUGAUGCAUGUGAACAGCAACCAGUGUUUGGACAUGCCAUCUGAGGAGGACAAGAUGGUCCCUACCCUGAGAGACUGCAACGGCAGCCGCUCUCAGCAGUGGCUGCUUCGUAACAUGACCCUGAGCGUCUGAUUCCACCCCCACCCCCCCCACCCCCCUCCCCCAACCACUAUUUUCUCAUCCUACCAGUCAUGGCUCUCCAUGCCUUCACCAGGUGGCUUUACCACACACAUCAUGCGCCUCUUCCUGUAACAGAGAUCCAGGCAGCAGCGUUGUGUCUUCCAUUUUGGAAGCGUCUCCUUUUCAAGCUCGCCACAGGUUUUGAGAGAAGCUGCACCUGCACCUUCAGGCGACAUGACGAGCUGUGGCUUUAGGGACCUCAUCGUGUCCAAGGAGGAAGAACGAUGUGUGAGGUCUUUGCAUGGACAACAAAGCGUUCAUGCUGUGUCAAACAACCGCUAACCGUGCAUCCACUGUGCUGCUCAGACUGCUGCUUAGCUGCUGGACAAAUAAUUAAAAAGGAUCUAUAACAAGAUAAUAGCACGUCUCUGCGAUGGUUUGCACUGUACAUGACUUUCCUCUUGCUAUGUACAUGCAGUGCAUUUGUGUCCACUGUAGGUAGUCUAAAAAACAAGACUGUUGUUAUGACUGCUGCUGAUCCUAUUUUCAUAUCAGUAUCUGAGUAACAUUCAAAUGACGUGAUGUUAAGAGACCGACCAAGAAAGCAGAUACCGAUGUUGAUAUAGGAGAGUUGAAAAAUCAGAUAAUCACACUGUAUCUAUACUGAAUUUUGGUUUUGAAGUUGAACUGAAAUUUGAAUUCUCAUCACUUUUGAUGCCAGAAAAUAUAAACUAUAAUAAUGAUGCUGCCACUAUUGGGUAUAUUUUUCCAUUUUGCCUGUGGGUGGGCAUUUCCCAUACCAGCAGUUGACUGACUUUUGAUUUUUUCACUUUAUAACAAGCCCACAUAGUGUUGGCUGUCAACCUGAAGCAAACUGUCCCUGUACCCCAUUCAUGUAAAGGUAAUAAAAACUUAACACAAAGUUUGUAUUCCACUCGGAAAGUGGAAGCUAGUUAGCCUAACUUGCUAACCUUAAAACUAAUUCCCACUGGAUGUUAUUUCAACAUUGGCUGAAUCAACACCUGCUCAGUGGUGUGUUCUUCCCACAUUAUGCUAAGGAGGGGGUCUAGCUAGCAUUAGCUGUCUCUUUUUCAUGGGCCCAGUUUUUGGUAAAUAGAAACCAAAUAAACACACAAGUUAAGACAAACAUAAAGGAUAUGCAGUAUAUACAAAUUUCUCAGCAAAACUGAUGCUAUUUCAGUUCAACUUUAAAAUGAACAAAUAACAUUAACCAUACUUUUAAGAAGGAUCCCUUGUAAAUUGUGAACAAAAUAUGUAUUAAUCAUUGCCUGACAUAUAGGCAGAUAAUAAUAUAUAUGUGAUAAGAUAAUAUUGGACGAUUUAUUGGUUGGGCUCUAGUUGUUAAGGUGGAUUUCUGGAGAUGUUUGGAAAACCAACUAUAAACUGUAAUAAUAACCAUCUAAAAACACUACAGUGUAAGACAAGAGUGCAGCUAUCACUUCCUUCCCUUUGAGUUGAUUAAUCACAUAAUAUUCAUUUAUAGUUUAUUUUUAAUAGGUUGAAGAAAUGAAAGAAGAGGCUGCGCGAAAUGAGUAGCAAGUAAUUGAGACUUUGCUCUGAGUAGAUUUAAUUGAUUUUAAAUGAAUGUAAGUUUCCACCUAAAUGAUAACAACUAUAUUCUGAAACACUUCAACUGCUCUGUGUUAUCAUGGCUAUGUGAGCGUGCCAUUACAAAAAACACAUCACCUUUACCAGUUUCUGCAAGUUUUCAGAGUCCUGCUACAAAGAUAUUGCUAAAUUCUUUUUAAUAUCUUGAGAAAUCAUGAUGUCUUGGAGCCCAAUAGUUAUGUGUGCCUUUAGAAAGUUGAUUUGUUUUUUGUUCAUUGGUUUUGAGAUGAUUUAUUUAUUUUGGUGUUGAAAAAGGAAAAUGUUGUCUUUUUUUCAUUUAGAUUUUUUUUUUAAGCUACAAAAAACAUAUCUCAUGAAUAUGUCACCUUCAUAUUAAUGCUAAUUCAAAUACUUAGUUACAGUAAAGUCAAUAUUCAGUAUAUCAGUUCUCACCCGUCAGCAAAUGUGACUUUUCACUACUCUGUUGAUCAGGCAACAAAUGUUAUUGUACAUAAUGCUGUUAACAUGUUUCUAUCACCAUUGUUGUUGUUGUUGUUGUUGUACAUACAGAACCAAUUAUUUUUCUAAGAUACUGUAAAACUUGAACACUCCUCGGAGAAAAGACAUUGAAUGGUAAACAGAUCACGAGGUAUUGCAGUGUUUUAUUUGGAAUCGUGGUAAUAAAAACCAGUGCUUACCUUGGGUUUUGAAAUUGCGGUGUGUUUUGGAAGUCAUCAUCGGCCCCAUGAAACCAAUUCUCAGACUACCUAAAGGACCUUAGGUGAGCAUACAUGAGGGAGCAACUAAUGGUGAAAUACUAUUAAUGCUGCUUGAAUACUGAAUCUUUGCCAAGUGCCUGCUUGGCAUUCAGACUAAAAUUCACCUCUUUUGUAUUACACACACACAUUUAUUGUUUUUCAUUAUGUUAAAGUGCAUGGUGUUAAAAUAGGAAUGUAAUGUUUCAAUGUACUGGUUGAAAAGUGAUGUUACCUGUUUGUACAUUUUGCCUUUUUUGUAGAAAAAAACCAAACAAAUGUAGAUUUAGCAUUAAUUCCACUGUCAAGCAACUGAUGAAAAUGUGAACACUACAUCACACCAAUAUAUCAGUUGUUUAAUAAACCUUGUUCUUGAA